AACGAUAAAAACUCACUCCUCCUCCUCCUCCUCCUCCCUCCUCUGGGUGAUCAUCGACUCCAUUCCUGCCUGCUUCCAUCGCUUCGCAAAUGUCGCACCCGAUCGCGGAGGCCAGCGAGACGAGCCCCUUCGGCUCCCUCACCCCCGACGAGUUCUACGCCCGCCACUCCGUCAGCCACGGCUCCGAGUUCGUCACCAACCCCCGCGGCCUCAGGCUCUUCACCCAGUGGUGGGCCCCUCUGCCCCCGACCCGGGUCAUCGGCGUCCUCGCCCUCGUCCACGGCUUCACCGGCGAGUCCAGCUGGCUCCUCCAGCUCACCGCCGUCUUCUUCGCCCGGUCCGGCUUCGCCACCUGCGCCCUCGACCACCAGGGCCACGGCUUCUCCGACGGCCUCGUCGCCCACAUCCCCGACAUCGGCCCCGUCGUCGACGACUGCGUCUCCUUCUUCGACUCCUUCCGCGCCCGCCACGGCCCCUCCCUCCCCGCCUUCCUCUACGCCGAGUCCCUCGGCGGCGCCAUCGCCCUCUACGUCGCCCUCCGCCAGCCCGGCGCGUGGGCCGGCCUCGUCCUCAACGGCGCCAUGUGCGGCAUCAGCGCCAAGUUCAAGCCCCCCUGGCCGCUCGAGCACCUCCUCUUCAUGGUCGCCGCCGUCGUCCCCACCUGGCGCGUGGUGCCCACGCGCGGGUCGAUCCCGGACCUGUCGUUCAAGGAGGACCGGAAGCGGAAGCUGGCGCUGGCGAGCCCGCGGAGGACGGUGGCGAGGCCGCGGGCGGCGACGGCGCUCGAGCUGCUGAGGGUGUGCCGGGAGCUGCAGGGCCGGUUCGAGGAGGUGGAGGUGCCGCUCCUCAUCGUGCACGGCGGCGACGACGUCGUCUGCGACCCGGCGUGCGUGGAGGAGCUGUACGCGCGCGCCGGGAGCAAGGACAAGACGCUGAGGAUAUACCCCGGGAUGUGGCAUCAGCUGGCCGGAGAGCCGGACGAGAGCGUCGACAUGGUGUUCGGGGAGAUGAAGGCGUGGCUCGUGGCCAGGGCCGAGCGCGCUGCUGCGGGAGCCGGCGGAGGUGAAGCACGCGCCGCCGUGGAGGGUGGGGCGUAGGAUCAGGGUCCAAAUUGAGAAGUGAACGGAUUAAAGAAUAAAAUUUACGCCGGGAAGAAAGUGGAUGCGGGUGGCUUUUGAUUUUGGUAACUGAUAUGAAUUUUCCUUGCGAAGAUCC